AUGAAAUUAUAUUUAACAAUAUUAUUAUUAAUUUAUACAACAAUAAUUGUUGCUGAUGAAAAAGAAACUUAUAAAUCAAUUGCAGAUUUAUUGCGACAAAUAAUUGCCGAAAACAAUGACCACAACAUCCACGACAACAACAACGACAACAACAACGACAACAACAAGUGUGGUCUCAAACAUAGCCGACGUAUUGUUGGCGGCCGACAAUCACAACCGGGCGACUGGCCAUGGAUUGCGGCCAUUAUGAUGACCACCGAUAAACGCAACCCGAGCCAUAAACCCUAUUGUGCGGGAACAUUGGUCAGCCGUAGACACAUAGUAACGGCUGCACACUGUUUGACAGUAGUCGGUAAGCGGCAGCGUUGGCCGCGGCCGCGGAUAACCGUACGUCUAGGCGCUCACCGAUUCAGGAGCGCUAACACCACAUCAACCACCCGACUACCGGCCCGCGACUACCAGAUCAAGUCCUAUGCCAUACAUCCGGCCUAUCGGUCGACCAAAUCGGGCGAUGAUAUAGCUGUCCUAACAUUGCUAACGCCAGUCAAAUAUACGUCAUAUAUUCAGCCAAUAUGUUUGCCGCCACCGCCGGCGCCGCUGACGGCACCGUCGGGUAAUCAAUCAUUACGCCAUGACUACAGUGGUCAGUCGGUUACCGUAGCCGGUUGGGGACAUACCCGACAUCGGGGUUCGGUCAACGCGUACUUGAAACAGGUAUCGCUGUCCGUAUGGAACCGUCGGCUAUGCGAACAUCGGUACACCAGUCGUGUCGAGGAUAUGUCCCGAUUGCCCGAAACGGUGAUCUGUGCCGGCAGUCGUGGCCGACACACAUGUCAGGGCGAUUCGGGCGGACCAUUGAUGGCCGCUAUGACUGCCGACGGUGGUGGUAGUGGUGGCGGCGGUCAAAAACGGUGGACACUUAUCGGUGUAGUAUCGGGUGGCGUACUUUGCGGCGAUGCCGACAUACCGGCCUUGUUUACCGAUGUCCAGUUGUACGCCAAUUGGAUUGGCAAACAAAUUUGUGCAUGCUAA